CUUCCACCAUGUUCACCACAUUGAAAGCGUUGACCAUUCUCGCUGUCGUCACGAUGGCGGCCGCCUCUGGCGAUGUCAUUGGCGACACCGAAGCUAUAUGUGGCACCGAUCAAUCUCUGGCGUCGGUGGCCCUAAAGGACUCCGAGACGACAAAGUAUCAAUUGGCGCAAUCCGUCGCCCGCCUCAAGAUCAGCGGGGGGUGGUGCACCGCCUGGUUGUGGGGAUCAGAAGGCCAUUUGGUGACCAAUAACCACUGCAUUGGGUCCGCCGCCGACGCUGCCACGGCCAUCGCCGAGUUCGGCGCCGAAUGUGCAACGGCCACAGACCCUAACAACGGCAUCAAGGGGGCAUGCGUCGGCACCUACGUGUCCAACAGCUCGACGUUGAUCAUCACCGACCCCACGUUGGACUUUACGUUGGUCAAGCUGAACGUGAACCAUGGCAUCAACAUUACCCAGUUCGGGUACUUGCAGGCCCGCGACUCAGCCGGCACCCUGGUGCCAAACCCAAGCGCAUCACAUACUUGA